AUGUUGCCUUUGCCUCCAACCGAACUGAGUACUGCCAACAGAAGACCCCAAGCACGACCAGGAGCCUAUGCAAGUGGAAAUUCUCAAGCACUAGAGGAAAAUUUGGAAACAGCAGAGACAAACAUUGGACCAGCGACUACUCCUACUCGACCACAUACGGUCGAACCAGAAAAUAGUGGCUUGGCCGUGGCCAAUUUGGUAGUGGCAGAUGAAACAACCCCUCAAGAUCUGCCCCAUGCGCAAGAUUAUAAUCCGGACAACAUCAACAACAACAGAGAAGAAAGGAUGAAGCAAUUCAAAACUAAGGUCCUCUUGGGAGUCAUUGUCUUCUUGGCCAUCACGAUUAUUUUGGUAGCCAUUUUGACACCUGGAAAGAAACGGGAUAAUCUUGUCCCAACAGCCGUGCCUAGUGAGGUGCCCAGCAGCAACCCAUCCCAGGGGCCAUCAUCCUACUCAGAAUACUGGCUGUCACUUUUCCCUGAACCAACAGUCUCUGCAAUUCUGGAGGACCCAGAAUCGCCUCAGUUGAGGGCUUCGAGUGGCUCUUGGAAGAGAAUGACAUCCUACACAACCUUACAGAACAAAGAGUUGUACAACGUUUUGUACUUGCAGUGUUCUAUUUUGCCAACAGCAAAGAACAAUGGCUUUUCGUUGGCUCAACCACAGUGUUCAUGA